AUGGUUUCUUACGAUCCACCGUACGGGUUUCCUCUUCGCAGAAAUGGCACCUGCCUUGCCAGUGAAACCAGCUGUGGUAAAACAUGGGGGAACUUCUAUGCCUGCUGCCCAGGCGAUUCGGUUUGCCCCGGGGCUACCCAAUCAAUCCAAAACAAUGUUUGCUGUCCGACGGAAUCCGACUGUACGGCACCACUGAAAGCGACUCCGCACUGCGCCAAUGAGACUGGGAUAAUGUAUAAUCACACGGGCUACUUCUGCUGUUUGCCUGGGCAAACAGGGUUCUGGACGGAUAACCCCAACAAUGCUGUGGGCUGUUCCGACGAAGCACCCACCGCCCGCGGGGAAACAAUCUUAGUUACCAAGACUCAGAGUUUCGAGUCGACUUCUUCAACGGCUGCCGCAACCACGUCAACCUCUACCGGAUCUACAUCAACAAGCUUGACACCCGCCGCAACAACCACCACGUCAUCCUCCGAGUCAUCAAACAGCUCCUCCUCUAGUAAUCAUGCCGGAGCCAUUGCAGGAGGGGUUGUUGGUGGUGUUGCAGGCGUUGCAUUGAUCGUUGCGCUUCUUUGGUACUUUGUUAUCCGUGGCCGAAAGCGAUCUCAGCAACCGCCCCCUGGAGAAGGGGCCAUCCUAGUGACCAGCAGUCCUCAACCCCCCCUCAAACCCCCGACUGAACUGGAAGCUCCGAAAAGACAAUAUGAGCUAGAAAGCCAGAUGGACCAACCCGUUCACGAAUUGCCAACGAACCGCGACUAA